AACAACAUAGUAGCCCCCAGAUUUGAAAUCCAUUUGAAUUAAACAAUCAUUGAUAUCUCCGAUCAGUUCUUUCCGGCAACGAAAGUGUAAUAACAGUGAUGGAAGUUUAAAAUCAGUGACUUUUUUUUGUGAUUUUUGUGUAAAAAAUUUAAGAUACUCCAACACAGCAAAAUGGCAAAAGCUAGUAAACCCUCCCCGAAAAAGAAACAAGACUUUGAAAAAUCGCCUAAACCGGAAGUGAAAGAACUCAAAAUAAGUGACAUGAGCUGGAAAGAGCGCUACGUAUUUCUCACCGAAAACAUCACAGUCGAACCCAUGCUAGCUUGCUACAUUAUACCGAGUGUUUUCGCAAGCUUAGCAACUCAAAAUUUAAAUUUAGAGAAAGCUUGCCGUGUGAAUUUAGGCUACUCGACCGAAGUUUGCGACGCUUUGAGUAUUCGAGACACUGCAAAUUACACCAAAGAAGAGCAAGCCGUUCAGCAGUUGGUUGCCUCGAUGGGUGUGUGGAAAACCAUGCUCCAAAGCGCCCUUCCUGCAUUUUUGAUAAUGUUUGUGGGCUCGUGGAGUGACAGAUGGGGGCAAAGAAAGCCUUGCAUGCUUUUGCCCAUCGUUGGGGAGCUUUGUACGGUGUUGGGCCUCAUGGUAUGCACCUUUUUCUUCUACGAGCUACCCAUGGAAGCAGCUGGGUUCAUCGAAGGUCUCUUUCCGGCACUCACAGGAGGCUGGUUUACAAUGUUCAUGGGUGUUUUUAGUUACAUAGCUGAUGUUACUACUCUGGAAAUGCGUACUCUGAGAAUUGGAAUUGUGAAUGUCUUUUGCUCGCUUGGAGUACCAAUUGGGUUGGCUUUGAGUGGGGUGUUGUAUAAGAAGAUUGGAUUUUACGGAGUUUUUUCGGUUUCGGCUGUGAUGUAUGUUAUGGCAUUGUACUACGGGAUUACCAGGUUUAAGGAAGCGAAAAAAGUUGAUGUACCAACGUUAGAAAAUAAACCGUGUGCUUUUCUAAGAGAUUUCUUUGAUGUAAGGCAUUUGUGGGAAACGUUCAGAGUCGCGUUUAAAGAAGGAGAAAAUAAUCGGAGAAAAAAGGUCAUGCUGUUGAUGUUGGUUGUCAUGGUGGUCAUUGGGCCUUUGCAUGGUGAGAUGAACGUGACAUAUUUGUUUACAAGGUAUCGCUUCAAUUGGGACGAAGUGGACUUCAGCAUUUUCUCAACCUACAGCAUGGUCACAAACUUAAUCGGAACGUCAAUUUCAGUGGGCGUUUUUAGCCACGUUUUAAAAAUCGACGAUGCCAUCAUUGGCAUUUACUCUUCAAUGAGUAAAAUCUUAUCAAGCUUCGUUUACGGUUUUGCAAAAACAUCCUUGGUUUUCUAUUUGGGCGCAAUUGUGGAAAUACUCAAUGGAACUUCUUUUAUUGCGAUGAGGUCAAUCGCGUCCAAAUUAGUACCACCUGAUGAACUUGGAAAAGUCAAUUCCUUGUUUGGAGCUUGCGAAGCUUUAAUGCCCUUGGUUUACGGUCCCAUGUACAGUGCUACAUAUGCCGCCACCAUUAAUAUAAUGCCGGGGGCAUUUUUCAUUCUUGGUGGCAUACUAACAGUACCUGCAGUACUUAUUUUUGGUUGGAUGUAUGUUCAACACAAGAGAGACGCCAAACGGCUCAAUUCUCUUGAAUCCGGACCUGUGGAAUCAUCCAUUCUUCAGGAUGUUAUUUCGUCAACAGCCCCCAAAGAGGCACAAAUUGGAAGUCCGGUCCUGAAUGGGAUUAAUAAUAGGAAAGCUGGUGUCAAUAAUCCAGCUUUUGAGUUGGAAAAAUAGAAUACUAACAUGUGAUAAUAAAGUAUUAAAAUACCGGGCGUUAAAAAAAAUUACGAUCAAGUGGCCUAUGAUUUUAAAAUUGUGUUGGCAACAUUGAGCAAGUUGCAACUUGGUUUUAAAAUCAGAGGCUAUUCUAGUAAAAAAUGAAAUAGUUAAGAAAUUGUGUUGUACAUAUUAUUACAUUUCAGGGUUGACAUUUUAAGCAAUUAGGCUGUGCAGAACUGUGUUUUUUACAUUAAUUGAACAAUAAAUUAAAGCUAGUGAUGAAAAUUGACAAUUUACCAGCAAUGCAAACGUAAUUAAUGUGAUUCAUUUGGAAAUGUUUUUGUAAAUAGAUUUCUGUUGCUGUUAUAAUUUUAAUCAAAACUUACAAAAGUUUUAUAGGUAUUGCAUUCCCCAUGAAAAAGUGAAAAUCGUGCUUUAAUAGUUAUUUAUAAUGAUAAAGUCAAKUCUCAGAUAAUUUGUCAAAAUAUUCAGUUCAUUCAAUUGCUCAAUUUUGAGAGCUAAAAUGGAUAUCUCGGAGUUUGUUAAUAUCAAGAAACACUUAAAAAAUUCAGUUUAUUCUAUUCCAGUUAGUUUUAAGAGCAAUAAUUGGGUAUUUCAUUUAUUUUAUUCACAAGAGAAUAAAACGUCAGUUUAUUCCCUAUUGCGAGGAAAAUGUUUAUUUCUCUAGGUAUAUUCAGAAAAAAAAACUCUAAUUCUACUGUGUUAGAGGCUUUUUCACUACUUCUUAUGGAAAACAAUACCUAAUUCUUAGAAUAAGAACAACUUAGGGUACGUUCAAAUUGUAAUAUAUUAAAUAAUAAAGAGGAAUAAAGUAUUAA